AUGCCAGCGCAUCAGGCCUCUGGAAGUCCAGCCUUCAAGUUUGACAUUGCAGCACCGUAUGAAUGGGCCUAUUCACCCGGCGACACCAUCAUCGGCAAUUUGGUUCGAAGAAUGCCAAUCGUCACCUCUGAAGCUUCCAUAAAACUAUACUUUUUCGGUCGCGUCAAGGUCAAGAUAACCAAGCACAAUUUAAAUGGCCCCGAACAAAAUACCGUAUCCAUUUAUCGUGACGAUUGGCAGCUCAUUGCUUCCAAUGAGACCACCGUAUUCAAAGGACCCCUGCAUCUUGCCGAGGGGGCUGAUGUUCCGCUGAGCUGGCCGAUCAGGGUGGAUAUCCCACACCAAGCUAUGCAACCAUACGGUCAUGGCCGGCACGAUUGGCAGUCCAGCUUCCUCCCAAUGGGUGUCGAAUACCCUGCGGCGGACCCGACCAAGCGCCUUCUGCCGGGGUCCUUCUACUCCGACAGCGACAUGGGUCGGUCAUAUGAGCUUGUUGAGUACUACCUCAAGGCAGAGAUGAACUAUGAGUUCGGAGGCCAUCACAAAUCCCACGAAGCCAUUUGCCCCAUCACUCUUCGUCACCAGUUACCAGACCCUAUCAGUGCGCCGAGAAUGUUCAAGCAAAUACAGCAGAUCUCGACCUACCGACUACUGCCAGGAAUGGAAGAUGCAGAACUCUCGUUCAAGCAGCAUGCGAAACAGAUUUUCUCCUCGUCAAAGGUACCGAGGCUUCGGUAUGAGCUCCUCUUCACCGUCCCGACGUCCAUUCACUUGGAUGACCCAACCCCAUUGCCAUUGCGGCUAGAGAUCAUCCCAGACUCCGCUGGAACCAGUGCUAGCAUCAACGAUGUCGCACAUCAUCUUCGCAUCGUGGAGCUCGAAUUUGAAAUACAUCUCAAAACCCAAUCCCAGGCCCCGAGCGCCAUCUUGGGUGUGAUACAUCCGCAUGAACACGACGAAGAUCUCAGCAUCAACUUCGAACGCUCUUUGGCGGAUCUUGAGCAACCACUGAUACUCACCACUGGGGAAAAGAGAAUGCCGGUAGACCUCGGCAAUAUCUUCCAGUUAUCUUUGCACGGGUGGGGCGUGAAGGCUGGAAACCGAAAGAUCGUUUGGGACGCGUGGAGGAUGGCCCAACUACGACCCAGUUUCAUGACAUACAACAUCAAACAUUCCCACACUAUGAAAUGGAAGAUAACCUUUGAGAUCGCGGGCGAGAAAGUCAAACACAGGUUUGCUCUUCCUGUGAAUAUUCUUGAGCCGUUGUAG